AUGAAACGACAGCUAGCUCAUUUAACCGUCUCGUCCUUCACGUCGUUCCUCUUUAUUCUAUUACAAUCAAUCCUGGCCGUCGGAUUGGAUGAUCGUCAACAAGCACAUGACCCAGCUCAGAGUCUGCUCAAAACGGCACUGCAGCAAAAAGCAGAGGAGAUAAAGAGCCUUCGGGUGCGGGCAGGCGCUCCGUUUAAGAUAGCGCUUUUUGCUGACCUGCAUUUUGGAGAGGACGCGUGGACUGAGUGGGGCCCACAACAGGAUGUUAACUCUGUCGAGGUCAUGUCCUCUGUGCUCGACGAUGAAACACCAGAUUUUGUAAUAUAUCUUGGGGAUGUAAUAACGGCCAACAACAUACCAAUUGCAAAUGCAAGCUUGUAUUGGGAUAAAGCAAUCUCUCCAACAAGGGCUAGAGGCAUACCUUGGGCUAGUGUCUUUGGUAACCAUGAUGACGCACCCUUUGAGUGGCCAGUGGAGUGGUUUUCUCCUCCUGGAAUUCCUCCAAUUGAUUGCCCUGCACCUAAUGCAUCAUCAUGUUCAGGGGAAAAAUACUGUAGCUUCAGAGGCACACAACGAAUAGAGCUAAUGAAAAAGGAGAUUGAGCAUAAUCUCCUAACAUUGUCUAAAAAUGGUCCGAAAGAUCUGUGGCCAAGUAUAUCCAACUAUGUCCUCCAGCUCUCAUCAUCAGAUGAUCCAGAGUCACCACUUUUGUUCAUGUAUUUCUUAGAUUCUGGUGGCGGAUCCUAUCCUGAAGUUAUUUCUAAUGCUCAAGCAGAAUGGUUCCAGCAUAUAUCUCAGGAGAUUAACCCUGAUUCAAGGGUUCCUGAGAUUAUCUUUUGGCAUAUACCAAGCAGAGCUUACAGGAAGGUGGCUCCUAGGUUAACGAUAUGCAAGCCUUGUGUUGGUUCCAUUAACAAAGAAAAAGUUGCUGCUCAAGAAGCUGAAUUGGGUAUUAUGGACAUGCUAGCUAAAAGGUCUUCUGUCAAGGCAGUAUUUGCAGGACACAACCAUGGAUUGGACUGGUGCUGCCCCUACAAGAAACUUUGGCUAUGUUUUGCAAGGCAUACUGGUUAUGGUGGAUAUGGAAACUGGCCUAGAGGAGCUAGAAUUCUGGAGAUUAAUGAUCAGCCUUUCUGCAUCAAGUCAUGGAUAAGGAUGGAAGAUGGAAAUGUACACAGCCAAAUUAUCUUGAGUUCUUGA